AACCAAGAACAACAAUUUGUCAUCUACAUGUAGAUUGUACACAGAGAAUGUUGCAACCUUUAAAUCCCACGGGUAGCUGGGAGACCAGGGACAAAGAUUAAACGCCCAGAACCCGCCAUGUUGGAUUGUGAUGUUCUGUAGAUGGAUUAGAAUUGAAUAAAUGCCUAUCCCCCUAGAUAGUAAAGAAAAGGAUCCCUGACCAUGGACCCCAGGAACAGCGCCCAGGAUGUUGUACGCUGCACCUUGUGUCAGGAAUCUGUGGCCCCCUUGUACUGUGAAGUUUGUCAUAUACAUCUGUGUAAAGACUGUGUAAAGACACAUUUCUCUGAUUCCUCUAAAGUCCAUAAAGUGGUGCCACUUAAACAGUAUCUAACCACUCUGAACUAUCCCAAGUGUAGGAAACACCCCACCAAACAAUGUGAACUCCACUGUGAACAGUGUGACAUUCCUAUCUGUGUACAAUGUAUUUCUUCUAAAAAACAUUUAGGACAUAUACAAGUUGACAUUCUUAAAACCUUCGAAAGCAAAACGGAAAAGUUGCAAAAAGAUUUGCAAGAAUUGGAGAAAUUGAUUUAUCCUAAAUACAAAGAGAUUGCCUCCAAUAUCCCAGUUCAGAAAGCUGAUCUGAGUAAAAACUCCCAGAAAUUGACAACAGCAAUAGACAAACAUGGAGAAGUCUGGCACAGAGAAAUAGACACCAUUAUACAGAAACUGAAAUCUGAUCUUGAUGAAAUGGACACCAAACACCUGGCUGUCUUAAACAAACAAGAAGAUGAAAUCACACACACCAUUUCUGAAAUCACACAGAGCAUUGCAGAUCUGAAGAAGUUACUGGACUCUAAUGAUGUCAGCCGUGUCUCUGCCUACAAAUCCAGGAUUACUGAAUUCAGAAGAUUGCCUCCUAAACUCACAGUUUCUCUACCAGACUUCACCCCUCAGAAAAUUAACACAAAACAACUUUACCAACAAUUUGGUUCCCUGUCAGCAUUCUCCAUUACAACAGAGGAACAUGGCUACACCAUGGAAACCUCAGAAGCUGGAUCCUCUCCUCUCAAACCACUGCUUGAUGAGCCACGGAUCAUCUCCACCAUACAGACACAGUAUGGAGGCAUUCUUAAUUAUCUAACCAGUGUUACUUGUCACAGUGAUGAAGAAAUCUGGGUGUGUGGUGAUAAUAAUGAGAUGAUGAGUCUCUACAACUUGCAGGGGGAACUAGUGAAGUCAGUCCGAACCAAGUCAGGGUACACUCCAUGUGACAUAGCAGUGACAAGGCGUGGGGAUCUAGUUUAUACUGAUAUAUAUGAUAGAACUGUGAACAUAGUGAAGAAUACACAGAUACAGACAGUGAUCAGACUACAGGGGUGGAUACCUCGCGGUGUCUGUAGUACCUCCUCUGGUGACCUCCUGGUUGUCAUGGACAGUGAUGAUUGUAAACAAACAAAAGUUGUGUGUUACUCUGGCUCUACAGAGAAACAAAGUAUUCAGUACGACGACAAAGGACAACCUCUCUAUUCAUCUGGUGGCAUUAAAUACAUCAGUGAGAACAGGAACCUAGAUAUCUGUGUGUCAGACUAUAAAGCCCGUGCAGUAGUGGUGGUCAAUCAGGCCGGGAAACUCCGGUUUACCUACACUGGUCCUCCCUCUACUACCAAGGGAUCAUUUAAACCACACGGCAUCACAACAGACAGCCAGGGUCGGAUCCUGACAGCAGACCAUAACAACCACCGUAUCCACAUCCUGGAUCAGGACGGACAGUUCCUCCGCUACAUUGACAACUGUCAUUUACAGGUUCCAUGUGGUUUAUGUGUGGACACCAGAGACAACCUCUUUGUGACUGAGAGGGACACAGGUAAAGUGAAGAAAAUACAAUAUAACAUGUAAAUCAAUUAACUGCAAUGAAUAAAAUGUAAUCAAACAAACUAAGCUAGUAUAAUUACAUUCUGUGUAAAUAUUAAUUACCAGUAUUAAAGAACCGUUUUACAUUGCACCUGAACAUACUGUGUACAUUAGAUGAGAAUACUGUGUGUGUUUGUAUUGUAUAUAGGUAUG